AUGAACCGUAGCGCACGACGUGUUUUGCUGCGUUUGUUUUUACUAGCAUUACCCCUCGUCGUGCUCACGUUCGUCGCAGUUUCGUUGCUAUCCAGCAACGUCGAUUCGCUUCACAGCCACAAUGCUUUGACUUUUGCUUCGAAAGUUAUCCAGCCGUGCGGGUCUCAGCUGCCUUUAGAAAUCGUUGCGCCCACAGAACCGUCGCCUUCGUCUCUUCCUCACGAAGAGCUAAAGCGACAGCUUAAACAGCUGAAGCAAGUCAUCAGUCAACUUGAAGACCGUCUUCGACUCCAAGGCGGGAUCGCCCCCGUUGGUGUCGCUGUUGCCAGUAACAACGGGAACGAUGUUCCAUGUUCAAUCAGCUACAUCCAGAAGCAGAUUGAGCAAUCGGAGAUUGAAAAAGGCAAAAAAUGGCACAACGAGUACGAAAUUAUUCCGCAUUCCUUGUUCACGCUUCAAGCCUACUACUCGACGGAAGCAGGUAUGGGCAGAAGAGUGGUAGAACGCCCCAUAGGAUCACGCAGGCAGGAUUUACAAGAAGCCGUCAGUUCAGCACUGUCCGUUUUGAAUAAUAAUCGCGAUCGAGGUGCAUUACCUCAACCAGCAGCGAAGACCAAACGUUACGUCGCGUCAGAUUUCGUUGAAGGACUUUACAGGCUCGACCCGAUCGAAGGGACGCAGUACGAAUUGUGGUUCAACCAUCAGCAACAACCAGCCGCAGCGUCAACAGACAAUCAUUCCAAGCGAGCCAAUUUGGUUAAAGUGUCUCUGUUACGCCCUCACGCCCCUCUGGUAGCUGUCCGUCUUGAACAGCCACUUCAGUUUGAAAUACCCAUAGUGAACAUCAUCGUUCCGUUGUCUGGACGACUGUCGGCUUUCGAGUCCUUUCUGAAUCGUUUCAAGAAAAACGUGCUCACCGCCGGACAAAGCCGCAUCCACUUGACUGUAGUCUUCUUCGGCGAUAAGCACUGGAAUGAAAUACAACGAGAAAUGUUGAUUUUCGAGAAGGCAUCGGGUUUCUCGAAUUUUCAUUUGCUGAAUAUCAAUUCUACCUUUUCCAGAGCUCGUGGUCUACAAGUUGGCGUGGAACACUGGGAAAAUUCGCCAAUAGAAGACGAUGUUUUGAUUUUCCUGUGCGAUGUCGAUGUGGCAUUUGAUUCGGCUUUCCUCGAGCGUUGCCGACGAAACGCCCAACCCAAACGUCAGGCAUAUUUCCCAAUCGUUUUCAGUCAAUACAAUCCCAAUGUGACUAGACGCUACACUCGCCAUCGUGACGAUUCGCAAGUUCCGACGCUGCACAAAGAUACUGGAUUUUGGAGAGAUUUCGGUUUUGGCAUGGUGUGUACCUACCGGUCGGAUUUUCUGAGUUUAGGCGGUUUCCACGGUGGCGAUGAGACGACAGGUUGGGGUGGAGAGGACUUAUUUCUUUACCGGAAAUACAUACGAUCUACGAUGCGCGUGAUACGUGCACCAGACAAAAAUAUUUUCCAUUUAUGGCACCCUAAAAAAUGUCCGAACUCUCUCGGGCCUGUUCAGCGACGAGAUUGUUUGCAGUCGCGAGGAAGAAACGAAGCCUCUUAUGACCAGUUGGCGCUGCUUUUGUUUUCGGCUGACGCUGACGGGCAAUCACAUCACUUAUCCGAAUCAGAGAUUUAAUUUUACGUAAUGCUCGUUUGAUUUUAUUCAUUAAUUUGAUUCACAAUAAGUCACGGAAUAGAGUGUCUCAACAAAGUUCAUGUGUUCUUGGCGAAAAUUAAAUUUUCUUUUUACUGUGUACAGGUUUAGUUAUUCAGACAGAAAUACACAUUGUACAUGAAA